AAAAACAGAGACUCGAUUCUUGUUUAUGCUGUGACAUUGCGUAGAUUAUUGCGCAUUGUUUACGACCGGUUCAGAAACACGAGUCUGCUUCUCUUUAACCGCAUCUUUUUUAAAAUUUUGUUGCUCUCCAAAGCUCUUCAUAGAAAUUCUCUAAAGACUAGAGACUCUCAAAGCGCGAGUAUUUGUCUCGCAGUGUAUUCCGAAUACAGAUGAUGCAGGCAUGCACAAGGGUAAAAGCUAAAAGGAACAGACUUGACCUGAGGAAGCAAGCGAGACACUUGGAAAAUGAGAUUGAUGCAAAGCUAGUGGCGUUCAGUAAGCUAGGUAUAAAUGCAGGCGUUAGGCACGUUAGCCCGGAUGAAGUUCCUCUUUUGGAUGAGGAACAGGUGUUUGAGAACAUGGCCUCAGAGUUAGAGACGUUACUCUCCAAGUUGUUCUCUAUAAACGAGAGGAUGAGUCAGUUACAACCAAACGGAGCAGCUAUGUUGCACACGAUGCAACGUCAUAAGGAGAUAUUAAAGGAUUAUAAAUUGGAGUUUAACAAGAUUAGAAAUAACUUUACCGCUAGAAAAGAUCGUGAGGAUCUCUUAGGCAGUGUCCGCAAAGAAAUAGACAAUUACAAGAGUGCAAGCGGACUGAACCGACGUGAAAUGUAUCUCAAGGAAAAUCAACACAUACACAAUUCCGACCGACUGAUCAACGACCAAAUAAGCAUAGCGAUGGAGACGCGAGAUCAUCUGAUGACCCAGAGGCAAGCAUUCAAACGCAUACGUACCAGAUUCAACGACAUCUCCAAUCGUUUCCCGGCUGUAAACAGUUUAUUGCAGAGGAUAAAUCUACGUAAAAGAAGGGAUUCCGUUAUACUCGGCCUCGUCAUCGGUGUCUGCACGUUUCUGAUGCUCCUCUAUGCCUUUCACUAAACAAGUUUAUGCAAGUACCAAAACACUUCCAUCCUCACCGGGUAGCGAGUACUUUACGGUGGAAUAUACAUUAAAUUAAUACAUUCAACAAGUAUUAUCGAGAUCUAGCAAAUCGAGAUGUAGGAUAUUUAGGGUAUGCGAGAGUUGCGCGAGUGUGUAUAUGUAUAACGCGUGAAUGAUCGAGCGAUGUACUUUGCAUCCACCUUCCUUCCGUAUAUUUGAAAAUCGAGCGAAAAAAAGUUUAUCUGUAUAACUUUUUUAUACCGAAGUACAAGACGUGGAAUGUGAUGUAAGCGGAACCUUGCUUCACGGUUGAUCACCAAUUUAAUAAAUGUAAUAAGCUAUUAUAAUCUUCUCCUUGUUCCCUUCAUAGUACUUUUUUUAAUCUUUUUUUUUCAAGACGGAGGAUGAAUAAAGUCACGAUUACGUCUUCUCGUUUACACCUCGUGACAAUCCGUUGCUCUCGUUCGUAGAAAUCGGUAGGUUCCAGUGGACAUGGUUCUAUUCUAAGUAGAAUGACUUGCACACUUUACAGUAAAACCAUUGUAUAUAUUUCGUAUUGUAUAUAAACCAAUGUCUUUACGAUUUGCGUAACACGCUUUGAGACAACAAUAAAAAAAAGAGAGAAGAAUGGAACAGUCAACUGAUUUUAGCAGUUUUUUGUGAGAGGAGUGUUCAAUGCUAAACAAUGAUGAUCCUGACUCGAUGACGCGAAACUUUAAAAGCAAACCUUUGAAAAACCGUCGAAGAAGAAAAGAAAA